AUGCCUCCUACUGCAUCAUCCGCUACCAAGAAAGGAGCAUCCCUGAAGGCGCUGACGACGAGGUUAAAGGAUGUUCAGUCCUCGUUCAACGAUAUAUGGCAGUUUGUAGAGAACUGCACGGAAGAAACUACUAUCACCGACGCGGAAAUACGCCUGCAGAAACUCGACGAGCUGUGGGAAAGGUUUGGUGAUAUCCUAGUCGAGAUAAAAUGCCACGAUGAUUUUCCUGCCGAUGGUGAUGGUUACGAGAAGGAACGAAAGGAAUUUAGUGACUAUUACUACCGGGCAAAAUCGUUUCUCGUAGAUAGGGUCAAGGAGCGACAGGAACAUUCGGUUUUGGAACAGUCCAUCCGUGUCGGAGAGACGUCGAUGCAUGGCACGUUGGAUCACGUAAGCCUCCCACAGAUAAAACUGCAGACUUUCAACGGUGACAUCGACGAGUGGCUUAGUUUUCGGGACCUUUUCACUUCACUCAUCCAUUGGAAGUCGGACUUGCCCGAAGUUGAAAAGUUCCAUUACCUCAAGGGGUGUCUGCAAGGUGAACCAAAGAGCCUUAUUGACCCUUUGCAGAUCACUAAGGCAAAUUAUCCAAUUGCCUGGGAAAUGUUGUUAAAAAGGUACAACAACAGCAAGCUGCUGAGAAAGCGACAGGUGGAGUCGCUGUUCAAGUUGCCUAGCCUUUCGAAGGAGUCCGCAUCAGAGUUACACAUUCUUCUGGAGAGUUUUGAGAGGGCUGUCCAAACUCUCGAUCAAGCUGUACAACCUGGAGAUUACAAGGAUCUUCUUCUCAUUAGCCUUCUCACCGCGCGUCUGGACCCAGUGACUCGUAGGGGGUGGGAAGAGUGCUCGUCAAGCAAGGAAGUGGAUACACUGAAGGAUCUCACAGACUUUCUUCAUCGUCGAGUGCAGGUGUUGGAGUCGCUACCACCAAGGUCGGUGGACAACAGGGGCACCCAGCAGUCACAAGUGCCUUCGAAACAGAAACCACCUGUUGUGAAGACUAGCUACAGUACAGCACAAUCGUCUGGGGGACGUUGCGUGGCAUGCACGGCGAACCAUCUGCUGUAUCAGUGCGGUGCAUUCCAGCGGAUGUCGGUAUCAGAUCGGGAAGCACUACUUCGGACUCACUCUCUCUGUCGUAACUGCUUUAGGCAGGGCCACCAGGCGAAGGAUUGUCAGUCCAAAUUUUCCUGCCGAAAUUGUAAGGGUCGGCAUCACACGAUGGUUUGCUUCAAACGAGAGAAGGAAAAUAAUGCCAAGGGAGCAAAAAUUGCUAAUGGUGAGAACGCAUCUACAUCCAAGGAGCCUCAGGCACCUGAAUCUCUUCAAGUGGCCAACGUAGCAGCUACCGAUGUGUCAGCAUCUAACACAGUUCAACAAUUUUCAUCGCAGGUGUUACUGGCCACCGCAGUAGUCGUUAUCGAGGAUGAUGACGGCAGACAUUUCCCCGCUCGUGCCCUGCUAGACUCGGGGUCGGAGAGCAAUUUUGUAACGGAGCGAUUGAGUCAAAGGUUGAAGGUUGGACGACAAAAGGUAGAAAUUUCGGUUCUCGGAAUCGGUCAGACCGCCACUAAGGUCAAGCAGCGGAUUUUAACCACGAUUCGGUCGCGCGUUUCUGACUUUUCACGAGAAAUGAGCUUUCUCGUAUUACCAAAGGUGACGGUAAAUCUACCGACAGCCACAAUCAACGCAGCAGGAUGGGCAAUUCCAAAUGGUAUUAAAUUGGCCGAUCCGUCAUUCUGUGUGUCCAAGGGUGUGGACAUGGUACUCGGCAUUGAAGCCUUUUUCGACUUCUUCGUAACUGGUCGGAAAAUAUUACUUGGCGAGCAAAUGCCAGCGUUAAACGAGUCGUUGAGAAGCGCUGGUGGAACGAUUCUGGGAUUGCGAGGGAAUCGAAUCAACGUUCAGCGUGGUGCAGAUGGGCGGUAUACUGUUUCUCUACCAAAGGACGAAGCAAUCCUUGCUCGGAUGGGCGAUUCAAGGGACAUCGCAUUCCGAAGGCUCUUAGGCACGGAGCGAAGGCUGGCAAGGGACGCUGGUCUACGGGAACAGUACGUUUCAUUCAUGGAGGAAUAUCAUCGGUUGGGACACAUGCGAAGGGUCGAGGCAACGGCGAGUGAUCCAGUUAGACGAUGUUACCUACCGCAUCAUCCUGUAGUUAAGGAGGCGAGCACUACUACGAAGGUUCGAGUAGUCUUUGACGCAUCCUGUAACACAUCGUCGGGCAUCUCGUUAAACGAUGUAUUGCUGGUGGGGCCAGUAAUCCAGGAGGAUCUACGGUCGAUUAUCUUGAGAUGCAGGACCAAGCAGAUAAUGCUCGUGGCCGACGUUGAAAAAAUGUUUCGACAGAUCUUGAUCAGCCCGGAGGAGAGACCAUUGCAAUGCAUCCUUUGGCGCUCGUCACCUACUGCGGAGGUAUCAACGUACGAGCUAAAUACGGUUACCUAUGGUACCAAACCAGCACCGUUCCUGGCAACUCGAACGCUGCAACAACUGGCGACAGAUGAAGAGUAUCGAUUUCCUUUGGCUGCAAGGGCAGUCAUCAAGGACACGUAUAUGGAUGAUGUGAUAACAGGUUCGAAUGAUGUGAAUGAGGCGAUGCAGCUAAGGAUUCAAUUAAACGAACUGCUGGAUAGUGGUGGAUUUCGGCUCAGGAAGUGGGCGUCGAACUCGACGCAAGUAUUGGAAGGCAUUUCCAACGAUGAUUUGGCAAUUCGUGAUACCAAGGGAAUAAGUUUAGACCCAGAUCCCUCAGUGAAGACAUUGGGGCUCACGUGGAUACCGAAUACUGAUGUUUUCAGGUUCCAGUUCAACAUUCCACCACUGGAUGAAACGGAUGCACUAUCAAAACGUCGGGUUUUAUCGAUAAUAGCUACACUAUUCGAUCCUUUGGGACUUAUUGGCGCCACCAUCACGACCGCCAAGCUGUUCAUGCAGCUUUUAUGGACUCUUAGAGACAACGAUGGAAAUCGUUUGGAUUGGGAUCAAUCGUUACCACCGAUGGUGGGUGAGAGUUGGCGGAAAUUUCAUCUGCAAUUGCCGCUACUCAACGAUAUACGCAUCGAACGAAGUGUAAUUCUACCCGGUGCCGUAUCCUCAGAAAUACACUGCUUCUCGGAUGCCUCUGAGAAGGCAUACGGGGCUUGCCUUUAUAUUCGCAGCCAGGAUGUAGAGGGGAAGGUAGCGGUUCGACUCUUAACCUCUAAAUCAAAGGUUGCUCCAUUGAAAAGCCAGACAAUUCCGAGGUUGGAGUUGUGUGGAGCGCUUCUCGCAGCCCAGUUGUUCGAAAAGGUUCAGAAAUCCAUCGGAAUUAGAAUGCCUGCUUACUUCUGGACUGAUUCUACCUGCGUAUUGCGUUGGAUUAACGCGGUUCCGACGACGUGGAGCACGUUUAUUGCCAACAGGGUGGCAAAGAUCCAGAACUUAACGGAAGAAUGGGAGUGGCGUCAUGUUCCUGGCAAAAACAAUCCUGCAGAUUUAAUAUCCAGAGGAGUUUCUCCACAGGACAUUCUCAGUAACGCCUUCUGGUGGCAGGGCCCCACCUGGUUGGCAGAAUUUCGAGAACUGUGGCCUCAGUCUCAUGGCGAUGGUGACAGCGAGGAAGGGGACGAAGAAAGGCGUCGCACAGUAGUUUCAACAACAUGUUCUUCAGUAAAGGAAUUCAACGAUUGGUACAUCUGCAAGUUUUCAUCCUAUUCAGAUCUGGUUCGACGUACAGCUAUUUGGUUGCGACUCAUUAAACUACUACGCACUCAGAAAAAUAAGCCACCUGGUUUUAUUACUACUAUCGAGCUGCGGGAAGCAGAGGAAACCCUUGUUCGUCGUGUACAACUGGAAGGGUUUGCUAAUGAGUGGAAGGUUCUAACGAAUGGUAAGCCAGUAUCAGGUCAAUCGGCUUUACGUUGGUACAACCCUGGUAUCGCAGAAGAUCGUCUUAUUAGGCUUGGUGGACGACUAAAACAUUCACAGGAAUCGGAUGAUACCAAGCACCCUAUAGCUCUUCCAGCUCGUCAUCGCUUCACUCGGAUGCUACUACAACAUUACCACGAGCGAUUGCUUCAUGCUGGACCACAGCUACUUUUGAGUGUCGUAAGGCUUCGUUUCUGGCCUUUGCGUGGAAGAGAUAUGGCAAGACAUAUUGUGCACAAAUGCCAUAGAUGUUUUCGUGCGAAACCAACUCCGGUACAGCAGUUCAUGGGAGAAUUGCCAUCAGCUCGCGUGACAGUUUCUCGGCCAUUUUCGAAAACAGGUGUGGAUUAUUUCGGACCGGUGUACUUGAGACCAGUACCACGACGAGGAGCAGUGAAAGCAUAUGUCGCCAUAUUCAUCUGUCUUUGCACCAAAGCAGUACACAUCGAGUUGGUGUCGGAUUUGUCCACAGAUCGGUUUAUGCAAGCACUUAGAAGGUUCGUGGCACGAAGGGGCAAGUGCACCGACAUAUAUUCCGACAAUGGCACAAAUUUUGUCGGAGCUCGCAAUAUGAUCCAAGAAUUUUUCUCUCUUUUUAAAAACAAGCAGCAUUGCGAGCAGGUGUCAAGGUAUUGUGCGGAAGAAGGAAUACACUGGCACUUCAGUCCCCCAAGUGCACCACAUUUCGGCGGGUUGUGGGAAGCCGCUGUCCGUUCAGCCAAGCAUCAUCUCUUAAGGGUCAUCGGUGACAGUCCAAUCACACCUGAGGAUAUGCACACCUUGCUGGUUCAAGUCGAGGGAUGCUUGAACUCGCGGCCAAUCACAGCUGUUUCCGAUGAUCCCAACGAUCUGGAGUCAUUAACUCCAGCUCACUUCCUGGUAGGAUCUUCGUUGCAGUCUAUCAGGGAGCCUAACUAUCAAAAUGUUCCAACAAAUCGUCUGAAACAAUGGCAACUGGUGCAAAGGAAGCUACAAGACUUCUGGACGAGGUGGCGGAGAGAAUACCUGUCCCAGCUACAAGGCAGAGUGAAACGUUGGCGUCCACCGGUACAAAUGGAAGUCGGAAGGUUGGUCAUUAUUCGGGACGAUAAUCAGCCUCCUUUCCGAUGGAAGAUGGGAAGAAUCGAAGUCGUUCAUCCGGGAGAAGACGGUGUCGUACGAGUGGUGACCCUGAAAACAGCCACUGGGUUGCUGACACGACCAGUUGAGAAACUGUGCAUCUUGCCUAUUGCAGAAAGCUUCGAAGACAAAAAUUCUACUGAAGGAGAACCCCAGUGA